AAAGUAUGCGACACCGAAUGAGAGAAGUAUGAGCAAGUAUUAGAGACACCGAUCAGCUUUACAUGCGCCGUUUUACAACUGGACAGAAACACAUCGGAAAAAUCGAAUUGAAUCAUUGCUUAUACAGGAAUUUCUACUUGAUGAAAUAGAAAUCAUCCGAGACGCUGUAAGGUCACAUUUCGUCGAAGAAAAACACGUACAGUCCCAGGAAGACUCAUGGAGGACAAAAAAACAUCCAGAGAAGGAGAUUUUUUUCCAGGACACAGUGAGAGAUCACACUCACCAUCCAGCUGUGUGUCUAUGAAGUCUAUGGAGCAGCCAGGAAAACUGGAAGGAGAACACACAUCAACUGAUCAUAGUGAGAGAUCACACUCACCAUCCAGCUGUGUGUCCAUGCAGUCUAUGGAGCAGCCAGGAAAACUGGAAGGAGAACACACAUCAACUGAUCUUAGUCAAAAAUCAAACUCACCAGAGUCCAGCUGUGUGUGCAUGAAGAGUGACCAGUCUGUGGACACUCCAAAAACAUUUAAAGGAAGACGAACAUCAACUGAUCUGAGCAUAUUCAAAUCAAAUCUGUUGAAGAAGUUUGAGUGUCUGCAUGAAGGAACAGCAAAGCAGAGAACACAUGUGAAUGAGAUAUACACAGAGCUCUUCAUCACAGAGAGUGAAAGUGGAGAGAUUAAUAAUGAGCAUGAGGUGAGACAGAUUGAGACACAAUCCAGGAGAGCAGCAACAGAGGACAAGCCAAUCAUAUGUAAUGAAAUCUUUACACCUUUACCUGGACAAGACAAAGCCAUCAGAACUGUGCUGACAAAGGGAGUUGCUGGCAUUGGAAAAACAGUCUCUGUGCAGAAGUUUGUUGUGGACUGGGCUGAGGGAAAAGAGAAUCAAGACAUCCACCUCAUAUUUCCACUUCCUUUCAGAGAGCUCAACUUGAUGAAGGACAAAACAUGGAAUCUUUCUGAUCUUCUUCAUGUCUUUUUCCCUGAAACCAAACUAAUGGACAUAUCCAGUGACAAACAUAAAGUGUUGUUCAUCUUUGAUGGUCUGGAUGAGUGUCGUCUGCCUCUGAACUUUAAGAGGCUGCGUGAUGCAAGUGAAAAAGCUUCCCUGGACAUUCUGGUAAUGAACCUGAUUGUGGGAAAUCUGCUUCCCUCUGCUCUCAUCUGGAUCACCUCCAGACCAGCAGCAGCUGAUCUCAUCCCUUCUGAGUGUGUCCAUCGAGUGACAGAGGUACGAGGAUUCAAUGAUCCACAGAAGGAGGAAUACUUUAGGAAGAGAAUCAGUGAUCAGAGUCUGGCCGAUACAAUCAUCACACACCUGAAGUCAUCAAGGAGCCUCCACAUCAUGUGCCACAUCCCAGUGUUCUGCUGGAUCUCAGCCACUGUUCUAGAGAAGAUGUUGAGUGAAGCAGAGAGUGGAGAGAUUCCCAAGUCUCUUACUCAAAUGUACACACACUUCCUGAUCAUUCAGACCAACAUCAAACACAAGAAAGACUAUGAGAAAAAGGUGACGGAUGAAGAUAUGAUCAUCAAACUGGGUAAACUGGCUUUUGAGCAGCUUGUGAAAGGCAACCUGAUCUUCUAUGAGGAAGAUCUGAGAGAGUGUGGCAUUAAUGGGACAGAAGCAUUAGUGUACUCAGGACUGUGCACUCAGAUCUUCAGAGAGGAGUUUGGCUUGUUUCAGGGGAAAGUGUUCUGCUUCGUUCAUCUGAGCAUCCAGGAACAUCUAGCAGCUCUAUAUGUGCACCUCUCCUUUACAAAGACCUGCAUAAAUGUGUUUGACCAAACAGAACAAAGUUCCUUCUUCAAAGUUGUAAGCCGGAAAAAAAAAAAAAAAAAAUUAUUUGGUCUGCAUCAGAGAGCUGUGGAUGAGGCUUUACAGAGUAAGAAUGGACAUCUUGACCUUUUUCUGCGUUUUCUUCUGGGUCUCUCAUUGAAGUUCAAUCAGACUCUCUUAAGGGAAUUACUGACACAGACAGGAAGCUGCUCCUACAACAAAGAGAAAACCGUUCAGUACAUCAAAGAGAAGAUCAGGCAGAAUCAAUCUCCAGAAAGAGCCAUCAAUCUGUUUCACUGUCUGAAUGAACUGGGUGAUGAUUCACUGAUGCAAGAGAUCCAAGAUUAUUUGUCAUCCAAAAAAAUAAAACAAAUCAAACUCACCUCUUUACAGUGGUCAUCACUGGUUUAUGUGCUGCUGACAUCAGAGCAGAAGAUGGACGUUUUUGUUCUCAAAAAGUUUUCUGGAACCCAAAAUACAGGAGAUGAAGUUCUUCAGAAGCUGCUGCCUGUGGUUAAAGAAUCUAGAUCAGCUUGACUGGAAUGUUAAAUGAAAUUUGCCAGAAUGGAUCUGGAGCAGCAGAGUGAUUACAGAACGUUUUCAUCAUGGAUUGAAUCCACUCAAUUCAUAUAAUGUAUACUCUGGCUGUUAGAGGGGCACCUCAGCCUAUGAGGGCAAACGGUAUGUGGCUCAAGGCCAUAGCCGCACAGCCGUGCACAUCCCUUUUGCCAAUAGUAUGGUGAGAAUAAUAGCUUAGGCUGUUGGUUACACAGAUCUUUGUCAGCUUUAUUUUUUCUGUGCAAAAGCUAAAUCUAUCUUUUUUAUCCUUAUUUACUUAUUUACACUUUAACAGUGAAUUCUACUCAAAGCUUUCUACAUGUGAUCCCAGGAGUGUGACUGAGUGAAAUUGCACACUUUUUAUGUGUUUGUGGGAGAGCUGAUGAUCCUAGAGCUCAAUGUGUGAGACAUGAAUGCCAACAGCAACAGAAACUUAAAUUGUGUUUGUUUGUUCUCUUAUUAUGAUUAUAUGUUUAUGUAUAUGUAUAUGUUUAACUGUCUAUUUGAUAUAUAUAAUUUUACAUCU